AUGAAGGAACUUUUAACGGUGGUGUCGCUAGUACUAAGCGGGGUGGUCACUCAGCCUCCCGCACCGUACCCACCUAGUGGUUGGAGGCCUAAUGGACCCUCUUUUGAUUUACCGCAGAGACCACAAUCGUUGCCGCCACAAAAACAACAGUAUCUACCACCAGUAGACCCUAGAAGACCGCUUCCUCCCAACAAUUUCGACGAUAACGUGGACCUAUCAGUCCAAGGUCUGCCUAUAGUGGUGGAAAAACAGCCCAUUUUCGAAGUGUCACCAAUCAAUGGACAGCUUUAUAAUGGACCAAGCAUUAAUGCUGACAUUGCAAAAUUAAAUCCAAGCUUUCAACUAGCACAGUAUCAACAGCAGCUAGAAAAAGCACUUCAAUUCGAAAGACAGAGACAGUUUGAAGCGGCACGCGCUAACUAUCCUUCAAACGGGUUACCAAACCAACAACCACCAAAACAAUUCGCUUCACAACCAUCAUCAUCAACAACAACAACCACUCCAAAACCUGAGUUUAAAUCACCGAAACCGGAAACCACAACCGAAUCCGAUUUAAAUGAGGGAGAAACUUUAGAAAACCCUGAAGGCCAAACCGAAAAGGUCUCAGUGGAGGUUUCAAAACAAAACUUGCAAGAAUUCCGCCCAGAACUGUUAUUGAGUCCUCUAAGUCAAUUAAAUGCUCAACCGCAGUUUGUCACUUUAGACCAGUUUGGUCAACUUAAAGCUCCGAUAUAUUAUCAACCAGUACAAGGACAAGGUUUUGAUGGUCCAGCUCACCUGUCUGCGUUACCUUCAGUUCUAGCGCAACGAGAGCUAUUAUCUCAACAACAACAACAACUACAAAACCAAGGCUUCGCUCAAAAUCCCAUUAUCGUACAACAAGACCAAUCUUUAGAACCCAUUAAUCAAUAUCAACCAUUAAUAGCUCAGUAUCAACCAAUACAACCACAGAUUCAAGGUUUCCCUCAAAUACAACCGCAACGUGUUAUUGUCCAACCUCAAGUGGUAAACCAACUACAACCGCAACCGAAUUUAGUUCCACAACAGCCAGAUCAAUACGCACAACAACCAAAUCAAUUCUCGCUACAAGCCGGUCAAUUCCCACAACAACCAAGACAAUUUCCCCAACAGCCAGCACAAUACCCACUGCAGCCCGCACAAUUCCCACAACAGCCUGCACAAUUACCACAACAGCCAUCACAAUAUCCACUGCAACCCGGUCAGUUCCCACAACAGCCAGAUCAGUUCGCGCAACAACCUAACCAAUUCCCGCAACAACCAGGACAAUUCCCACAACAACCAAGCCAAUUCCCACAACAAUCAAAAGACGUGGAAGAAAUCGAACCAAACGACCAACAAGUAGUUUAUCAAAACUAUCAGCCACAAUUCUAUCAACCCACCAAUCAGUACCAAAAUGCUGAACAACCAUUAUUUUUGGCUCAACCAGGAUUGAUUAACCAAAACCAAUUCUAUCAAAAUCCAAUAGUUCAGUAUGAUCCAAACCAAUCUCAACCUCAAGUGUACCAAGACCAAAAUGCUUUACAAAGCGGUUUAGAUAUAGAUCAAGGGAAUGAUCUAGAUCAAGCUGAUGAACAAGAAGAUCUAGAAAAAGAUGAUGAAGGAUCUAAGGCAACAGCAGUAGCUACGGCUUUUGGCGCAAGAACCCAACCCCGUGUGUUUGCACAAUACGGUGCGCCCAUACCUAAAGUGCAAGCAAAUCCGGAAUACCCUACUACUGUAGCACCUCAAGAAUCUGAAAGUGACGAUGGGCCAGCCAUAGCACAAGCGACUGCUGUAGCGACUGGUCGUAGAAAUGCUAAAUUAAGAAGUCGUCGCGUCCGUCCUAUCUUUACUUUAGAUAGAUCAGGUCACUUAGUACUGGCACAACAACAACAA